UAUGAUCAAAUUUCAAGUCAUAGCAACAAUUUUUCACGUGGGAACGGCUACACAACUUAUCAUCAUAGUCUAGCAAACCUUAGUAACACAUGAAAACUAAAAUACGACACAGAGUAUUCACAGUUGGAUCAAAUAACCACAGCACCAGUUUACUACACAUAUGUUUGAUUGUAUUUGGCUCUCUCCACCGGGAAUUCAAACCAAACUAGAAAUGAAAAAAAAAAAAAAAAACAGGACAAUUACAAGCGGCCCCGCCCUGCCGUAGCACUACUGUCCCCAGCCAUGUUGAGUGACAGUCCUGAAACUGCUAAUUUGUUUCUACUCAAAACCAGCACCAGUAACACACCAGUAACAUAAAACCAUUAUUUGGACCACCAAACCCUGGAUUAACCAUCGAUAUCCUCCGAUUUAACGACGAUUAAUAUUCCCAUAAGGUCAUCCAUCCCAGCCGUUAAUGGCCUGCAGCACCGCUUGUUUUAUCACUUGGGGAUCGAUAGUCUGCUGCUCCCCUUCUUCUUCAUCAUCGUUUUGAUCUCCACCGCCUCCGACGGCUUGGAGGCGGAAGCUGUCGGAGCAGGAAGCCCUAGCUUCCACCACGUUGAGGCCGAGAUCCUCGAAAGCCUCCAGCACGGAUACCAGCAAGCCGGGGCAGUUCUUCUCCGAGAAUAUGUUUAUCAGGAAACCCUUCUUCUCCAGCGUUUCCACCGUUACCACGGGGAGCUGCUGGCCGGUAUGGUUAAUGUUGUUGUUGUUGUGGUGGUGGCGGCUUGAGGAAGGUUGAUGACGAUGAUGAUGAUCAGCUGACUGGAUGUCGUGGUUCAAUUUCUCGAUCUUCUGUUUGAGUUGUUGAAUGUAGUUGGAGGCAUCUACUAUGAUUGAGCUUCUGUUCACCUGCAGCAACGAUUAAUCCAAGUGCAAUGAGUUUAUUUUCCAAUCCAAAGUGUAGCCUUAGGUAAACCCUAAUAGCCUUUUUUUUUUUCUUUCCCUUUUUGCCGCAAGAUACUCGUAUUUCACGAGGCUCCGUUAUUUAAUAUGCGUACAAUUCACAAUGAUCGAAUUCAAGAACAAAAAUCAAAUCGAGCACAUCCGGUUGUGAAAAGCUAAUAAUGGAUUAUUGUACAACGGUUGAUUAUUGUCCUUGAAAAAUGGAUAUACACAUUAAAAGUUACACGGAAAAUAUCCAGUUUUUCUUUUUUAUAAAAAAAAUUGUAUUCUUAUAUGGGUGUUGGCGGUCGAUUCAAACCUAGAGCAUGACGAAUGUAAUCAUUAUCACAAUAUUGCUAUAUGUAAUUGAGCUCAAAAUCGUACAUUCUUAAUUCUUCCAUGAUUGUUUUAUAAAAUAAAUUCAUUGGUAACUUUUAAAUAGUCGUGCACCUUUGUUCACCUAUGAAAAACAAAACCUACUCCAAAUUAAAAGUAAAAAAAAAAAAAAAAAAACAGGGUACGGAUGGAAUUUUCAAUUGUUGUUUGUUGAAACCAGAAGGGGAGACGAUGAUCAAUCACAAACGGGGAUUAGUUUAUACUUUACACCACCGGAAAAAAAAAACCCCGGGAAUAAUUGGAUAAAUUCAUCAUAUGAGUGGCUGACUUGAACUACAAUAAACGCCAUUGAUAAUAUAUCAACCAAGAAAUUAUCAGUAGACCACACACCUUAAGAAUUCACAGAAGAAAUGAAAUACAGAACAGAAACAACACGAACAAGGAAAUAUAUAUAGAGAGAGAGAGAGGAAAGGGGAAUAGUAGUAGAAGCAAUUACUGCAGUAGAGUUAGUAAUGGAGCGAAGGAGUUGCAGGUUCUCAUGCAGUAAGCUCGAUUUCUUACUCUCCCUAGACGCCAUGGUUUCUCUUCUCUCUUUCUCUCUAGCCAGCAAGCUUUUCUAUGAAUCUUCUAUUGGCUGGCUGGCUGCUAUGGCUAACUGUAUAUUCAGCCCCUAUCACCAGCUAGAGCUAUAUAUACACACAUCUCAAGGAAUGAGAGGCAUGGAAGCUAUAUAUAUACAAUUAUAGGGAUUCCAUUGAUAUGCUUGGGGAAGAAGAGUAUCAUGAGCUCGUGAUGAAGGAGAAGACGAGGAAGAGGCCAAAAUGAUUUUUUGAGACAAAAUCAAACAUUGUAAAGGAGAGAAGAAACAAAAAUUGGGCAAGGCAUCGAAAGAAGUGAAAAUUAAUUGAAGGAAUAAUGUGGUUGCGAAUAAUUCGAGCGGUUGGGGAGACUGAUCAAAACUCGAGUUUAUACGGAUUUUAUUUCAAAUGCGCGCUGCUAAUAAUGAACUUGAUGUUUGUAGAGGUCUAACAUGCAUGAUUUGCGCUUGUAACAUCAAUGGUUAUAAAAAUUCUGAACAUGAUAUAUAUCUCUCGAUCGAUAAGGUUAUGAUAUCAUGUCGUAAAUUCAUAUAUUGCAAUAACUUCAUUUGUUGUGAAUAACGCCACUAAUGUAACUAAUACCAUUUCCCUAUUUUUGAAACAUAAUUUAAUUUAUUUGAAACAAUAUUUCUCAUACAAUUAUGGUUUUAGAGGCACUCAAAAAAAUUACUGUUUUGGGUCACCGAGGAGGUAAUUUGGUUCCAUUUGUGUAAUAAGAUUUUAAAAUUUUGCAUGAUGUUUAGAAUUAUGAUUAGAACUCCAUACAAAACGAUUUUACGAUUAAAAUUUUAAUAUACUGUGAACAAUUAACGACAUUUCAAUGAUAAUUUUAGACCACUUAAACAAUAUGUACUUUCCUACCCGUAUAUCCUUUUAACAUUUAAGAGGAUGUGUACAAAUUAAAUUUAGAUGAAAACCAAUAUGAAGACAAAUUAUUUUUAUAUGGAAGCAUUUUAUGUGGGGAGACAAAUAUAUAUAUGUGACCAAUGGUUGCUUUUUUCAAUUUAUGGGCCGAAAUUAAUUAAAGAAAGAUAGUGGAAAUAAUUGAAGGGGGGGGGGGUGAAAUUUUUAAGGUUUUUAUAGGAUUUUGGGAAUACCUCCAAACACUCCUCACGGGGCUUCCUUUUCUUCUCUGAUCGAUCCUCCUCCAAGGCAGCUUGCUAGCUACCUAGCCAAAUCAAUCCCUUGUUUGCCACCACCCCAUCCAGCCGUCACCCUUUGUCCUCUCUCUCUCUCUCUCUCUCUCUCUCUCUCUCUCUCUCUCUCUCUCUCUCUCUCUCUCUCUCUCUCUCUCCACACGUGCCAUUUUACCCUUUUCAUUCCUCCAAAUCAUCAGCUAGCUAAUCUCGUGUGUUAAUUACAUGCUAAUCUUAAUCUAGACAAUUAUAAGGAACUCGAGCUGGUCAUGCAUGCUGGAGUGGAGAAUGGUGAGUGGAGUAAAGCUAGUGGUCGUGGAAGUUGAUCAAUUGAUCACCAGUCACCACUCUCCUUAGCUUGUUAGAGCAUCUCCAACAAUGCAAUCCUUCUUCACUUUCAAGUGUGGUCCCUACUGCCACCUAAGCAACUCUAGCAAUUACUUCACUCAUCAAUUUCAUACUAGCUACAUCAAUGUCAUUCCAAUGCAAUUGCACUUCUGGGUCCCACUUACAUUUUAAUACCACACAAAUGGUUGGGAAAAGAAGAAAGAAAAACAAAAACAAACAAAGGACCCACUUGCAAUUGCAUGUCAGAUUUUCAUGGUGUGCAAAUUUUCAUCCCUUGAAAGUGGUCUUGCAUCAAUGUCAUCCACUUUUUCAAUUGCACAUGGCUGCAACCUCAGCUUGCAAUUCCCUCCAUUUGCACCAUUGGAGAUGCUCUUAGAUUCUCGGUUAGAACAUGAAUAGAUUAUUAAUACGGAUUGAAGGCGUGAAUUGAUUGCUUUUUCUAGCGUGUGCUAUUUGUCUUCACUGUAAAAUUGUUGAUCGAAUUUAGACAAAUCCCUCUUCCAGAAGUCUCUUCGAUCAAUUUUCGGGAGCAUCAAGUUUUGUGUUUUUUGUAUUUGGGAUUUAGAGAAGAAAAACUGAAAGAAGAAUGUUGGAAAAAAAGAGUUUUCCGGAGGCAACAUGUCUUACAUUGUGAAAAUGGAAAUUCACUGUUAUUUCGUUUCAAAUAAUGAAAAUCGAAUUGCCAAAAUUCAAUUUCGAAACGGUAAUCACUCAACCAAUAAAGUAGAGUCGGAAGAGACUUUACAAGCAUACUUUACUAUCCACUUCUACCAAUGUAAUAUUUCUCAUACUUUCAGAUUAUUCCAACAUUCUAUUUCGCGACAUUCCCAAACAACCCUACUUGGUGAGAGAUUUCUCAACAAGCUAGGUUCACAACAAACGCUAGGGCUCAACAUUGCUAAGUCAAUUGGUUCUGUCGACUCGCUACAAAAAUUCAGGAUGAGCGCAGAGUGAGUAGACUCGUGAAAAUGUUACAUACAUUACCAAAUAAUAAUUGAGUUUCUACGAUGGGGUCUAGCUAGCUAGUUCGUGAAUAUAGUAUUGAAAAACAUGUUUCUCAGUCGGGUAUGGUUUUCAGACACUGGCAAAUUGAUUCUUUCAUGCAACGAACCAUGUAUUUUCUCUUUGAUGGACAUUUGGAAAGGUGGUGGUUUUUCACUUGAGCUUGUAAUUUGCUUUGCUUGACCUUGAAAUACUAGGUCUAACACACUACAACGCUACUCAUUGGUACGUACAGGAUUUGGAGAUGGACAAAAGAAAAAUCAAAAGAGGUAUGGAUGGCGAGAUUGGAAUGUCACGAGAUGCUGCCUCUUGCUGCUCACACAUAUAUAGAUUAACUUAUCUUAUCGUUAUGCACGUUGUUGUAUUAUUAUACAAAUUGAUAUGUCGUAUCACAAAAAAAAAAAAAAAAAACAUCUCUCGCUAACGCUUGCUUCAAUUGCUUUGGCUAUUUUGUUUAUAAUAAGAUAAUUUUUUGUAUGUCAAUUGUAACUUUUGAAUCUCUGUGAUUUAGAGGGGACAAAAUGAUUGAAUUGUUUUCGAUAACGAUUGAUCCAACGUCGACAUGUCGCACAUAUCUUGUUUUCACAGGUCGAUCAAAUUCAUAGAGAAAUAUGUACCUCAACAAGACCGUUCGAUUUUGUAUUACAUGACAUAUUAAGAUCGAUGUAAAAAUCGGUCAUAUUUAUUGAAGAGGCCGAUCUCUUGGCUUUUAGCUUAACCGAAUUGAAGACGACAUGCAAACACCGACAUGUUUUUGCUAUAUUGGUCGACCGGUUUUAAGUGAAGACGCUAACCAACACACAUGGUGCUUGUUCUGGUUGAUCGAUUUUGGGAAGCAAAAUGUCGAGCAAUUAACAAACCACUUUUCAGAUUGGCUAACUCAACUAAAUUCAAACCAUAGUUUGUAGAAAAACAAAUAGUCUACAAAGCUCGAUCCAUAACCCGAAGCACACAAUUAAUAAACACACUUCACAAUA